GAAUGGAAUGUGAUAUUUAGCUUGAUCUGCUUUGUGUAUAGUGUAGAAUGGAUGAACAUGAGAAGCAAGCCUUCAAAGAUACUGCAGUCAUCUCUGAUACAGAUUGUGCUGGCAUGGAAGACUCAGAUGAGCUUGACAGUUCAAAUGAUGGUGCUGGCCAUAUUAAGCUCAAUUCCUCAAUUGACGCAGACUUUGGAUAUCAGCCACCUACGCCCAUCCAAAAUUCCCCUGAGGACCAUUUGUCACCUUCAUCUAUGACAAGCUGUGACUUGGAGAGGCCAUCUCCUCUGGAGGGAAGUCCCUGCAUGGACUGCAGUGAUGACGGUGGAUCUGAUGACAUCAGAGGUUCAGUAGCAACUGCUGCAAUUACCUCAUCAUGGGUCAGUUCUGGUGGUGGGUGUUAUGGUGCUUACAGUGAUGACUCUUCAUCACAUCCCGGCCUGGGAUACGUCGGCAGUUCUCAGCUUCAAAACAGCCCGUGUGGGUCACCUCCUGCCAAUGCAUCAAUUGCAACCUCUUUUCUUGGACCUCUCAUGCUGCCUGGCACCUCAGAAAAGACUCAGGGGAGCCAAUCUGAGGGUUCUGUUUUGGGUGACAGUAACAUUUUUGGCGUUACUCCUGCAUGUGACAUGCAAGACUUUGCUGAUGUUGGUGGUAGUGACUCAGGCAAGGCAAAGACAGAUGCUACUGCUGAGGAGGGAGGUCAGGGCAGCUCAGGGCUGGUGUACGGUCCUGUUAUGCCAUGGCAACGCUUCAACACGGUCCCCAUCGAGGAUGCUUCUAAUUGUGACGUUGAAGGAUCAUGUAUUGCUGGAGAAUGCGGCCUGCAGAACCUCGGCAACACCUGCUUCAUGGCCGCUGGAUUACAGUGUCUUCUCAACACUCCACCUUUUGUUGAGUAUUUCUUCUGUCAUCCACAUGACAGUGAAGAAGGAAGCCUAGUCGCUGGUUUCUCAGAGCUUGUGCACAAAGUUUGGAGUGGACGAUUUUCCUCCACCCGUCCUGUUGCAUUCAAACAGGCCUUCGGGAACCACUGGAGAGACUUUCAAGACUACAGACAGCACGACUGCCAAGAAUUUGUGACGCUACUGCUUGAAGGGCUCCGCAAGCAAAUGUCUCUCAAACUUCCUGCCAAGCUCAACAACGAUGAUGACAUCUUGUGCUGUUCCAAGACAUCGCCUGCUGCUCCCCUGCAGGAGGCAGACGGGCUGUUCAGCACCCACUGGCCCACCGGUGCCGAAAGUUUCUCUGAAGACUCCAAGGACUCUGACAUCCAGCGUCCAGGCGGGGGACUGGCAAGUGAACCCACCGCAGACUCUGAAGCUGUCAUACUUCCCUCUAACGAAUGCUGCAUGGAGAUGGACACUGGCGAGGAUCUUGCUUCUUUAUUAUUGCCUUCCCCGUCUUUACCAGCCUCUCCGCCAUCCCCGCGCGUAGUUAUUAAACAUCCCGAUGAACAAUCUAGAGGCUCUGGGGAAAGUCAGGAGGACGGUUGUGAAGAUAGUGGAGCAACUUCACCCAAAAGCAGCGUCUCCAGCAGCUCCGUGGAUUCCCACCUUAUCAACAUGCGUCUGCAACCCAUUCCAGAGGAGGUUCUACUCCAUGCCGCAUCUUCUUCUUUGUUACGUGAGCGCCAAGCUGUCCCUGAACUGACUGGAACCUCGCGUCUGAAGCAGCGGCGACUGCAGGGUCUCUCCCACAGCAGCACGUCGUCGGGCUUUAAUGGCGCGGUGUCUCUUGAGAGAAUCUCAAAUGACGAGCGAGAUCCUAGGUUAAACGAGGACGAAGAUAGCAGAAUGGAGGAAGACUUUGACGAAUUCGAAGGAAGGGGCAGUUACAGAGACAACAUAAACUCCUCCGCCGAUGCUGACUCGACAUUUCCACAGUCUGAUUUGGUCACUUCUGCUCAUUCGUCUAAAAAGCAAGCUUCACACAGGGUCGUUAGUUUUAACCCCUGCAGCCCUAGUGGUAUGCUGGUUUCUUCUUCUAGCGACUCUGCUGAAGCGAUCGUUAGUAAGUCGGAUGCACCACAUUCAAGUAAUGAAUUAAUUAACAACAAUUCAACUGUUGCUGCAAAACUACCCUUGCCUCUGCCUGAUGUGCUGCAAAACACCAUAGCCUCAAAUGAAACAAAUGUAAUGAUAGGUAUGGACACAUCUCCAGAUGUGAGUUCUUCGUUAGAUACUUACUGCUCCAACGUCAACGUGUUGGAUAUAAUGAAAGAGAGUAAAACUUCAAACGUCAAUGUCUUGGUUACUGAAAAUCAGCCCAACAACGAGUUGUUAUUUGACUCGGAAAAGUACGCAAAGUGUGACAAGGCCAAGCUGAAAGAAUCUCUUGAUAACCUAGGACACGACGUCGGCGAUACGGCUCUUAAAGAUAAUAACCUCAUGUCUCUUAGUAGGAAAAUCAUGGUGCAAGAAAAUCUUCAAGGGAAGAAAGGCAAACGUAGCAAUUGUCUUCUUGAACCAAACUCAUCUGUUGAAGGCAUUUUGAACAAUUUGAAAGAGAAUUCGGAUAUAAUCUCACAUAAAAAAAUUCGCUUGGAGGAAAAGAACAUUCAGCUGGAGCUAGAACGUAGUAACCAUGUACAGGACUCUUUGAGCAGCAGUAGUAGUACUUCUGAUGUUGGGCAAAGCAGCAGCAGUAGUAGCAGCAGUACAAGCGGAGCCCCGCCUUCUCCUAAACCUCAAGAAUGUAUUUCGAAUAUCGCGAGGGUGGCGGCUGCAGCAGCUGCAGCUGAUGCCGUUCAAGCGGGCAGCAGUUCGAGCAUCAUAGAACGUAACGCCGAUAGAGAUCUACGACUGGCCGAGGAGAGCUGGAAGAACUUCAUCGGCGAGGGGGAAGGUUCCGUAUUGAUGGACACCUUUUACGGCCAGUUCAAAAGCUGUUUGGUGUGUAGCGUGUGUGGUCACAGCUCGGUCAAGUUUGAUCCGUUUGGCACGCUUUCAGUUCCGCUGCCUCACGCCAAUGAAACUCAAAUAGUGGUAACUUAUGUAAGCUACGAUAAGAGCCCGGCCCUGCGCUGCCUUGUCACACUCAACAAAAUGUCUGAUGUACGAGACCUGAAAGCUGCCGUCGUGCAGCUACUGACACAAGACUUUUCUCGUCGUAACGCCGCUGCACGUCCUGCCACAGCUUCUAGUAGUUCCUCCUCCACCGGCUGCACCGCGUCGUAUGAAGAUAUUCCUGGUCAAUGUAUUGACGAGGAUGGGGUUGCUGAGAACAACCUUUCUGGUGUAGACAAUAACGAGCUCCAGGACUGUAAAAUGGAGGAAAAUGAAGGAAUGUCCAUGGAUGACGUGUGUUUUACAGGCAAUAAGAAUGUCAAUAAUGAUAAUGAUGAUCAGAAGGAGAUCAAAAGAGAUGGUUUGCGCACAUCGCAAAAGAACAAAAAGAGGAAAUCCAGUCUCUGCAAGCCUCCUGAAGUGUCGCAGUUGAUAGUAGCCGAGUUGUUGGACAAUCACAUAGCACGAAUCUUGGAGGACACUCUCAUGACGAAGUACGUUAAUAAAACGAGCAGAUCAGUGUACGCUUACCACCUUCUUACAUCAUCACCACCUUCUCCUUACCACCUUCCUUGUUCACCUCCGCCAGUGCCACCGAACCCCUCCACUAAAUACAAGACGAGGAUCUCUCCUACGCUUGCACGGGAAGAGAGUGUCGCUAUGACCGAUUUAUCACCUGGGUUGAAAGGAGGCAGCAAGAUUUGCAACCCUUUAUUAGCAGACCAAAACCAAUCAUCACCAACGAGUCCAUCAUCGUGUCCACUGCGACAUUCUCCAGUAUCUUCUAACGUUCCUUUAUCGCAAAGUCCCGAGCCACGUUUGACUUCUCAUUCUAACCAAACCUCGGCUCUUAAAUCCUGCCUUGCAUCUUCUUCCUCCAAAACAUUUUCCAAGCCGUUCUCAAAAUUGUUGCCUGGUCUCAACGUUCACUCUGGAGGAAUUGAUGGGGGUAAUGCCAGGUGUAGUUACUCAGACCCCAGCAAAAGCGAGAAGCCUUUCUAUGUUCACCCUGUGGCAACGAAUGCCACUCCUGGGGGAGUGAUCGGUGGGGCGGGUGGAUCUACCACUACGCCUCCUUCAGGGUAUCCUCCAGCGUCCGCAUCAUUAUCCUUCAACGACGCACCUUCCUCCAGUAGCAGGGAUGUUGCAGAGGAAUGCCGUCCUGCAGAAGUCAGCGAGGAAGGCAGUGAAUGGAAGACGUGCAAUAUUUGUCUUGAGGAAAUGUGUCAAACAGAACUGAAGACCCACGAUCACUGUUAUGACUGUCUUCUCUGCGAGACCUGCAUUGACAUGUCAGUGAAGCAUCACGGCACUGAGAGUGACAGCGGAGGCUCCUUGCCGUGCCCCGUAUGCCAGACAUCACUGACGCGGGACUCUCUCAUCCCCGUGGCCAGGAGACCAGCGAACAAACCUAAGCCCAGGCUGCUGCGCGUGGGCGUGGUGUUCCGCUUGGACGCCGAAAACGCGGACAACAACAAGCGCCAGACGAGCCUCUUGGGACACCCGCGCUUGUUGCUACUACCUUCCACCCUGCCUCUAGGGGACCUAUGGUCUGCUCUGCAGCACUGCAUACCACCGGGGGCUGACUGCCAGCUACUUCUUGUGGACGGCAGGGGUUACAACUGCUCACGAUGCUUGUUCGUGUCUCACUGUCGAGGAUGUGACGUCGUUAAGAGCUCUGGCGCGCGUGCUGGCAGCGGCAGCGGUGACGUACAAACUGUACGUUUGCAGGCAGGGGACACGAUCUGUGUGCGCUUCACGCGCCUCACAGCCAUGCAGCGAUACAACCUCUCUGCUACUAAGGAACAUCCGAGCCUUGCGUUGAGACGCCAAGAAUCACCUCUCACCUUGUAUGAUUGCUUACGCACAUUUACGCGCAGUGAGAAGCUCGAGAGCAGCGAGAGUUGGUACUGUCCCGAGUGCGAGUGUAAGCAGCCCGCCACGAAGACUGUGUCUAUUUGGAAGUGUCCUCCUUAUCUUAUAUUGCAUCUUGAAAGGUUCCUGUUUCAUGGCACAAGCAGUAGCAAACUGGACGAUAAAGUGAUCUUUCCGGUUGAAAAUCUGGACAUGAGAGAAUAUUUCGGUGGUCGCUGUUCGGGACCACAGCUCUACAAUUUGUAUGGGGUGGUUUGCCACGUAGGAGUGGUGCAGGCUGGUCACUACACGUCACUCGUACGUAGCCCAGUCAGUGGCCAGUGGCGUCACUUCAACGACGAGUGCGUCACUGCCCGCAAGCCCAGCGAGGACGAAUACUCCAGCGCAUACCUGCUCUUCUACCACCGCAAUGAUUUGCCUUUCAGACUCCAUCUUCCGCGAGUCUUUUCUUUCCUGCCCAAUCGAGACUGUGAAGCAACAACUACCGCUGGUUCUGUGGCCGAGGGUUCACCCAUCAUCGAUGGACGAUGUGGCCCAUCAUCGCCCGUCAUCGAUAUUACUGACCAUGAUAACAAUCCGACAUUCGAUGAUCCGACAUUCAGUGAUCCGACAUUCGAUGCCGUAUGUGCCGAUGCUGAGCAAGCGACAGGUGAUCAAGAUGUUUCAAACUUGGAAACAUUCCCAACUGGUGACAACGAGGCGAAAAAUUUCCCAGUGUCUCAGGUUGCUGGUGCAUCUGCUGCAGACAAAGGGUUUUCAUCCAGCAAUGCCGAGUUUGAUGAGUCGCCCUCUAAAAGGAAAAAGCUACUCCUGCCUACUACCCGCCGCAUGUCCACAGAUGGAUACGUGGAGGAUUCAUGCAUCACCAAAAAUUCUUUCACAGAUAAAGGAUCCACUGUACCUCAAUCAUCGUUAGCUACUAGUGUGAAGCCACUCCCACAUUCAUCCACUUUGGAUUCAUUUUCACUCGGUUCAAAUUUUAUAGAUGCUUCGGUCAUCAGCAGCUCUACUCGUUCUUCUAGUUCUGUUCGCGCUGUGGAUUUACCAUCCAGCACCGCUGACGGGUCAUCUAGCACAGCUGAUGGUGCUACUAGCUCUACAUCCAUGACAUCUGCCCUUGGAAGUAGGGCGUCUAGCACGCUCGAUGUUGUCGGUGCUUCGUCUAGUUCUUCAAGCAAAGCGUUUGUCGCUUGCGUGUCGCAAUCAAGCGAUGCGCCUCAAUAUUCAAGCAGGGAUGCCGGUAGUGAAUGCACCUCCAGCGAGCAAGUGGAAGGUGUUAGCAGCAGCAGCAGUAGCAGCCGACAUUAUGGAAGAGACGCCGGACAGCAUAACGUCUCAAACUCAGCUGACCUAUGCACUCAGUCCAAUAAUCUGGAUUUUGAACCGGAGGAAUCGAACCUACAUUGAUGACCGUUUCUUUAGGCCUUUGUUCAAGUGAAAAUCCCGUCAUUAUUUAUUUUCGACUAUUGUUGCCUUGACGCUUUGUACUUUACAUUUUCUUCAUCUAUUACUCUUAGUAGUUUCUUUUGAACUUAUCGGACGCGAAUUUUAAGCCUUAGAAGAACAUUUAUUUUCACUAAGUUAAAUAAAAGGUAGCAGCACAUUAUUGCUUAUAACAGUGCAUUCAUCACGGUUAUACAGUGCAAUUUCGAUCUGAUGUCAGAACAUUUAUGGAUAUAUGGCCGUUUUAUUAAACCUGAGAUCGUUCUUUCUCAGCCGUGUUGAUAUUAUCUUUUUUAUUCAUUCUUUGUAUUUUGAUUGUUAUUCUAAGAUUCAUGCAUCUCUUCACGAGUAUUGACAGUCUAUUUCAGUUUUAAAAAUUUAAACGUUUCAAACACGGCUUAGAAAUGAAAUUUCUCUGCAAGGUUAAUGAGGUAAAAAGGGAAUGUAAAUUAAUGCUUGUAUGUGUGGUAUUCUUGUUAUCGCUGUGAAAGGAGUCCUGUCUUUUUUGCAGGUUUUAGGAAUAUGAAGAAAUUAGGUUCCCUUUUCAGUCCCCGUUCUGCCAAUACUCCUACCUUGUAAUGCCCAAAAAGCUCAAUAUCUUUUUGCUCUCUUUUUUUUAACUUGAAGGAAAAAUAAUCUUUAUCUCACUCUCUUAAUUAUUAUGAAUGUUCUGCACAGCCAAAGACUGAUCUCCUCCAUUGGUUUUUAAUUGGCUGUGAGGUAAAUUUCGAAGUUGAGUUCUUUGGAAAAAAUCGCGUUAAAAGCUUUUCAUGCACCUCAGAAAUCAAACUCUUUAUAUUACUAACAUUUUAUUUCAUUUAGAAAUACAAGCGGUGUUUCGGUACUUUUUUUGAAUAAACUUACAUUUUCUCCUAAUGACUAUUGAUGGAAAGACUAUUUUUUAAGUGACUGAAAUAAUAUCAUUUCCGAAAGACCAAAUCGCUUUGUUGAUUUUCAGGUAGUGGCAGUUCUUUACACAUCAGUUACGUAGGUUGAUAUGUUGUUCUACGCUUUCUUGUGUGCUACACUGUUUAGGCUUACGGUAUUUAUUAUGUUCAAUUGAUAUAAGAGCUGCGUGUUAAUAAUGAUGGGAUUGGUGCUGUCAUUUCACAAUAGUAGUUUUAAUAGUUCGAGGCACAGAAGGCCUCCUCUUAUCAAAUACGGCGCAUAGUUAGAUCGCUUUAUAAAGCCUCUACCUAUCGUGCACAAUCAUUAGAUUGGACCAAAGAACGCCACUUUUCAUGUAUUUACUUUGUUUUCGAAUCGGUUGUAGCCUAUAGUUACUGACCAAAAUUUCCGUCAUUUGUAUCUUUCACCGAGACAUUCAAAAAUGACUUGAGAUUCAUGACAAAAUCGCAUUUUCUGGAUCAACCAUUUGUGCGUCUUUGAAGUAUCAAUUAAAUUUGAGUUUUUCUGUGAACAUUUUUUAGGAGUUAGUGCUUAAUUGUUCGCAGCUUGCAAUAUGACGAGCACCUUACAUUCUGUCAUUUUUUGUUUGCACUGGCGACGAAUGAAGUAAGUUUUAGUUAAUAUUUCAGGAAUAGAUUCUGUACACUCGAUGGCGCUUGUCGGUCAAUGUUACUCUAUUAGUAUUGAAUAAAAAUCUUUUUA